AUGGUGAGAUUCUUCUCGAAAACAGCGCCAGCCGAGGUGCCAGAAAUUGAGGCCGCUCCGGCGCCUGCGGAUCCUGAGCCGGCCCUUGCCGCCGACGAGAAGAAGCAGGAACAGUUGGAAAUGGACGGUAUAUCUUCCGAUAACGAUACCAUCUCGAGCGAUGCUCAGGAGGGUGUCAAGGAUGUUGAGGCUAUGGCCAAGGUCUGGUCGCGGUCGCACCUGGUUCUGGCUUAUGUGCUUAUAUGGAUCAUCUACUUUGUCAACUCUAUGCAAGAGGGAACAACCGUGGCUUUGGCCUCUUAUGUGACCAGCAGUUUUUCUGCCCUUCCGUUAACUGCAGCAUCCACAGUGAUGUCAAGCAUCAUUGGCGGCUUGUUCAAGCUGCCUUUGGCCAAGAUCAUUGAUCUCUGGGGGCGACCUCAGGGAUAUCUUCUCAUGGUAAUCUUCAUGACGAUAGGCCUCGUCAUGAUGGCCGCCUGCCAGAACGUCGAGACGUACGCCGCAGCUCAGGUGUUUUAUUGGGUCGGCUACAAUGGCUUGGUCUACGUGAUCGGUGUGUUCGUUUCGGACACGACCCAUCUCAGAAACCGUGGACUGAUGUUCGCGUACGUCACCUCCCCAUAUAUCAUUACCGCAUUUAUCAAUGGCCGGGUUGCAUCCGCCUUUCUCGGAGGUCCCGGUUUCAAAUGGAGUUUUGGAGCAUUUUCGAUCAUUGUGCCCUUCGUCAGUCUGUCGCUGUGGGUUCUUCUCGUCAUCAACUAUCGGAAAGCGAAGAGACAGGGAGUCUUGCCUGUCAGGGCUGCUAGCGGCCGCACUAGGUGGCAAUCAUUCGUCCACUAUGUGCUUGAGUUCGACAUCAUCGGCGUUCUCAUCCUGGUCGCUGGUCUAGCGUUGUUUCUCCUGUCAUUCAAUAUCUACUCAUACCAGACAAAUGGCUGGCGUCAGCCUAUCAUCAUUUGCUUCAUUGUCUUUGGGGGCCUGCUGAUCAUUGGGUUUGGUGUUUGGGAGAAGUGGUUCGCCCGUGUAAACUUCAUCCCCUUCGAACUUCUCCGGGAUCGAACGUGCUUAGGUGCUUUCAUCGUGGCUGGGAGCGUGUUUGUCAGCUUCUAUCUGUGGGAUUCCUACUUUUACAACUUUCUGCUUGUGGUGAAUGGCUUGAGCGUCGUCGAUGCUACGUAUAUGCUCAACAUAUACAGCGUGGGCUCCUGUCUGUGGUCAUUCGCUGUGGGAUGGGCUAUUCGUGUCACCGGUCGUUUCAAGUGGAUUGCGACUUAUUUCGCGAUUCCCCUGACUAUCCUCGGUGCUGGACUCAUGAUCAACUUUCGAGAGCCGAAUGUCAAUAUUGGGUACAUCGUUAUGUGCCAAAUAUUCAUUGCGCUGGCUGGUGGUGGCAUAGUCAUUACGGAACAGAUCGCCGCUCUCGCUGCAACUUCUCAUCAGUACGUGGCAGUCGUUCUUGCGAUCGAGGGGAUGUUCUCCAGCGUUGGUGGUGCGAUCGGUUCGACAGUUGCCACAGCCAUUUGGACCGGCAUCUUCCCCAGCAAGUUAGCAGCGUACUUACCUGCAGAAGAACAAGGUAAUCUCACCACCAUAUAUGGCGACAUAAACACGCAGCUAGGCUACCCAAUCGGCACACCCACACGCACUGCCAUUGUACGGGCUUAUGGUGAGACACAGAAGCUGAUGCUCAUUGCAGCCACGGCUGUCCUGGUUAUCCCUUGGGCUGCUGCUUUCUGCUGGAGGAACAUCAACGUUAAGAACUUUAAGCAAACUAAGGGGAACGUCAUUUAA